CCAUUCAGCCGCCUGGUACGGCCCCGUGGAGUAGCCAAUCAGAUCUCUCCUUUUCGUAACGCAAUAUUGUACCGAGGUUGUAAUUGGUUGUCAUCCAAAUAGUGCCUAUUUAUGGAUCAAGACCCAGAUUUAAUGAAUGGGGAAUUUUUUCAACUUUUCGAGGAACAUGUAAUCUCGAUCGACUAGCAAUUAACAGGCGUUAAAGACCUGCAUUGCAAUCGCAAUUGGUUAAAAUAGAAAUAAAAGAAAGAAAGAAAGAAAAGAGGUGCGCAGUUUUCGAAGUGGUUCUGCCUUCACGAGAGCCCUUGGUCACAAGCCUUUGGUGGUGUUGCGGCUCUCAAAUAAUAACAAAUAAUCAUUUUCGCCCUCGAGAUUUCUGGCCAAGAUUUCUCGCCUGAAAAUAAAGAAAUCAAAGAGGAAUAUCACUAGAGCAACAUGAGUGCAUUGGUGUGUGAGAAGGAGGUGGUGGUCAUGGUAUAGUGAAGAACCAUCUAGCCACUACUUCGUCCUAGUACUAGCACAAGUUGAGGCCUCCCAAACCAUGAGGCGGUCGGUCCGUUGAACCAUGAGGCUGAGCGAAUCUUAUUCAUGAAACCCAAAUUUUCACGCCACGACUUCACAGGGUGUCUAAGAAGCCAAAGCUAAUGGAUCUCUUAUGACACAGGGACAGUGCCCAUCUUAAGUGUGCCCCACCAUCAGAGAGCCAUACAAGCACCGAUCUCACUAUAUCACAUUGUUGUUGUCACACUUAUUAUUAUCAUUAUUAUUAUUAUUAUUUCAUUAUCGCCUCACACACCAUUCGGUCUUCGCCGCCACUCGGGAAAUCAGUAACCAUGUGGGUGACCCAAUGACUCGCCCCCCCUCCUAAAGGUUACUACUACUGGCUGACUCGUCUUUGGGCGGGCGCUCGUUUUUUUUAUUUUUUAUUUUUCUUUGUUUUUCAUUCCCCAUUAUCUCCCCCCAACCCAGAGCCCCAGAGGAGAAAACCCUCUCCCCCCCUUAUGAAAAGAAAGAGUGGAUAAUAAGAGAAGAAUCCCUGUUGAAAGAUGACGGGACCGUUGCUCAAGAAAGUUUGAAGGCAGUCGAGUGUGAGCCCGAGUUUUGUCUACAGUUGUUGUUGUCGCUGUCAUUGUCGUUUGUUGUUCUUUUGCUCAGCGGCAAUAUGACAGGAAUGACGAGGAGGUUGGAAGCGACCAGAGAACGACUAGCGAUCGGGAAGGACUCGCUUGUUCGUCGCUAGUCGCUCAAGGCUUCAAAGAGCCAAUAGUGAGAAAGAAAGAGAGAGAGAGAGAUAGAAAGAGAGACCGAUUGUACGUGAAGAUAAAUAUAACUUGAGAAAAGAAAGAGGUAAAGAAGAGGAAAAUAGUCCCCGAGUUUUCCGAUAACAAAAAAAAAAAAAAAAAAAAAAAAAAAAAAAAAAAGAGAUCAUUAGCCCCUUUACGAACACUUUAUUUUUAGGUUCAACCUUCUCAUUAGCCAUCCAUUGACAGUCCAGACAUCACGAACACUUCAUAAACACAAGACAAGCACAAGACGCCCACUCAUCACCCACUCCUCGCUUUCUGACAACAAGAGCAUCGUGUGAUCAUCGUCCGUCAUUCAGCAUAACUUUCGUUUAUCAUAAUCGCCACCUCCCGCCCUCUCACACUUUGUCUGUAAAUAUUCUCAUCACGUCAUCUUGCGAGACAUACUAAUUAUAUCUAACCAAGUUAACUACCCUUUUUGAAAGUUGUAUUUCAUUUCUGAAUCCUUAUUGGAGAAAUAUCCAUUUUCAGCAACAUCCACUGUUUUCAAAAUCUUGUCCUUCUGUCUGAAGUCACCCCUGAGAAUCUUGUUUUGGACUCUUUCUUUAAAGUCUUGUGAGCCUCCGGAAUCGUGAAUUAGAAGAAUCUGUAGGUUUUAAGGUUUAUUAUUACGAUUACCAUAAUUAUAGCAAUUGUUAUAGCAUUUAUUAGUGUCUUGUUCCCAAUUUACUUUUUCUAUUACAGCAUUCAAAUAAUUCUGUUUUAGUACCAACUUUUUCAUAUUCAGUGAAAGAAAGAAGUUUGCUGGAAUGCCAUCAGUUCCUGCUCUUAUGAUGACUUGAUUCUCUUCCACCAUGAAGUCGUGAAUCUUGAAGAAGUAUAGAGUAAAACUAAAAUAAUCUUGCUUGCAGACCCUGCUCCUCUUCUUUAUUCCCUGGUCAAAGUGUUUUUUGGUAUUUUUAUCUCUGAAUUGCCCCCUUUUUUUAAUACUCAAAGCAUUAUGAAAGCACCAUUCUCACCAAAGCUCUCCAAAACGAUUCACCAAAACUGCUCUGCCCUGAGGCAGUUGAUGCCUUAACAGAGCAUCUGCUGCUCUCCAUUGCAACAACAGUUUCUCCUCAUUCGAGCCAUCAAAGUCGCCUUCACCUCCACCUCCACCAUUUGAACCAUAGACCCCCCACCAGUACCGCCAUACCCAAAGCACUGUUCACCCGACGAAACCCAUUUUUUUCUUUCAAGCGGAAGCACCCUUCUACCCUCAUUGAAAUCUAUUCCUUGAUUUUGACUGUUACCACUUCUUCAUUUCCCAGUAAAACACACCGACACCCACUUUCACACGUUUCCUGACUCCUUUCACUUUUCUUCCUCAUACUUCAUCUCGAGCUCCUUGUUUCGUAUUUCCUUUUUUCUUGUUGACUCCCACCCCACCUUCCCUCUGUGUCUUGACCAGUGUCUUGAUAAUUAUUCCCUCCUCUUACGCAUCACCCUUUUCAGUUCCCCGCUCCAACACCAACCCAACCGCCCUACUCCCAAUUACCCACCUAAGUGUGUUUUGUAGUGCAAGUUGAAAUAACAACUCAGGCUAUAUGAAAAAGGUAUGCGUCGUCUUCCAUCUUAGGGCCCCUUGCAUGGAGUACCACACCACAAGGAAAUCUUCAUCCUGCUACGAGCUGCACGUGAUGUUUCCUAACCCUGAGGGCCCUGGAUGCUGCGCUAUCAUCCUGACCAUCGUAUCCUACCUUCUUAUCAUCGCUACCUUCCCAUUCUCACUAUGCAUGUGCAUCAAGGUCGUUCAGGAGUACGAGCGAGCGGUGAUAUUCCGACUCGGUCGCCUGCUCAAAGGCGGCGCGAAAGGCCCAGGUAUAUUCUUCGUGGUCCCUUGCCUGGACUCGUACAGGAAGGUCGACCUCCGAACUGUCUCUUUCGAUGUCCCGCCUCAAGAGGUGUUAUCCAAGGACUCAGUUACGGUGUCCGUGGAUGCUGUGGUGUACUACCGUGUGUCCAACCCCAUGGCUGCCGUGUGUAACAUCUCCGAUUUCAGCCACUCGACUCGACUCUUGGCAGCCACCACGCUCCGAAACGUCCUGGGUACCAAGAAUUUGGCCGAAAUUCUCAGCGAACGCGAAUCCAUCUCCCACAACAUGCAGAGCUCAUUAGACGAAGCCACAGAUCCCUGGGGUGUUAAAGUAGAACGGGUGGAGAUCAAAGACGUCCGACUGCCAGUGCAAUUGCAGAGAGCUAUGGCUGCCGAGGCCGAAGCUGCAAGAGAAGCAAGAGCCAAAGUGAUUGCUGCCGAGGGUGAACAACGUGCCUCCAGAGCCCUCAAAGAGGCCGCAGAGGUCAUCAACGAGUCCCCUGCUGCUCUACAACUACGCUACUUGCAAACCCUCAGUCAAAUAUCUGCGGAGAAGAACUCGACCAUCAUAUUCCCUCUUCCAAUUGACUUAAUCAGCAAUCUUGUUUCAAAGUAGGAAAGCUCCGCUAUUUACAAACCCUCAACACCAUCUCAGCAGAAAAGAACUCCACCAUCAUCUUCCCGGUACCAGUGGAUAUCAUUCGACACUACAUGAAUAAGUAAUAAUUCACAGGUAGUACCAGUUAGAUCUAUGAUGGGAAGCUGAAUAGUACAUAUAAGCUGAAGAUAAAGGAAUAUGGUAAACCACUUAUUUUUGGGAUCCUGUUAUAUCAGUUUUGUUCAAUUCAUUACAGCCUAUAAUUCCUCUCCCUUUACACCAUUUCUUUACAUUUUUACACAAUGGUUUAAGGCAUUGUAAUAAAUAGUGUGUAUCACAUAUCUCCAUGAGGGCUGUCGGUUAUACUGUACAGUGAUAAGUUUCUUUGUACUUUACAGUAAGUACUGUAAUUAUUCACUUUGAAACUGAACCUAGCUCAGCUCCAUUGUCUCUUUGUUGUGUAGAUCUGUUUUGACCAGUUGUCAGGACUGAGAUAUCAAGAAAAUUUCUAUCCAAAUCCCAGAGUUGGAAAGCUGUACUUCAAAGUAUUCCAUUUGAUUUUAAUCACAACUUCCCCGUGCACAUAAAUGUGAUGAAAUUUAGAUUAUGAAAUAGGUGAGUUCCUACAAUAUUUCCUUUUUUCUCUGAGCAGUUAAUUUGAACAGAAGACAAAUUUUACAAUACUGUAUAAUGCUGGUUCCUCACCGUAUCCGUAAUAAAGUGGUUUCUCAAGCUUCUGCAGAUGGGUAGCCCAUUUCACGCUACCCCCUAAAUGGUUGGACAAGUACAGUAUGUAUAAAUGUCAGUCUUAUCACAAACUUGAUUGCACAUAACACAAACAAUUACUUUACUGUAAUACUCGUGAUAAGAAAGAUUUGAUGGAUGUCAUGUUAAGUCAUUAUGGCUAAAACUAAAUAUUGCAAAAUAUGAGAAAAAAGUUUAAAGGAAGUAUUUUAGUGAAACUUAUCCCCUCAUGAUAGUGUGUCAAGACAUGUUUGUUGAUGGUAUUGUUUACAUUUGUACCUGUACAGGUCUUCAUUCUGUGGUGUUAAAGUACAUUUGUUAAGGUAAGCCAAACAUGGUUACACUCAAUAAAUACUUAAUGAUUAAAAUGGACAUAGCACAUUUGAAGGUGUAAACAGCACUUGUUAAAAGAAAAUGGGUGGUUCUAAUAAGUUGUUAAAAAAAACAUACUUUAACACACUUGAAAAAAUUUACUGUACACAGACUUGUUCAUGGAAUGUUUGUCACACAAACUUAGAAAAAUGCCUCAAAUAAUUAUCAGUACAUACUGUACAGUAUUAUUUACAAACAUAUUCAAACAAUCCCACAUGGCAUUUCACACACAAUAUUUAUUGCAAGUACUCUCCCGGGCUUUGAACGUAUUAAUGUUAUUUGUGUAACAAGUACACAACCCACUUUUUAAUGUUAAUUGUGAGAUUAAUAUAUCUAUUAAUCUCGACACAUUCUUCAUGUUUGUAAAUGUAAAUGGUAAUGGCUCCGACUAAAUUAGAAAAGUGAGCUCUUUGUUUGCUGUUGAAGGAGAACUAAUCUUCCAUUGCUUUUCCACAUGUAAGAUAGCGUGUGUUACCUCCGUCUGGACUACAGAAUGUGAUUCAUUGCAAAUUUUUCUUUAUCAUAUCAUGUUUAGAUAUAAAACACAUCAGAACCUUAGUUAAGACGGCAACUGAUGUAUAGUAAUUAAGUCGUAUCCAACUUCCAUGAACACGUUAUUUUUUGUAGACUGUGUUGAACCUUUAUUGUUAUCACCUACACUCACAGACACUUUACUAAACACACUCAUCUUGCUUUUUGAUUUCUAUCUUAAUUAUUUAUUAUAACUUCCCAUACAAAUUGUGUCUUAAAGCAAUUGCAUUUUUGGAGUUAAACGAUGGUGAUGAGUGGUUUUGUAUAAAUGUUAUUUCUUAGUAGGAGUGGGUUUGGGAGGUAGAUUGUUAUUGAAAUAUCAAAGAACCAAACUGAUAUUUCAAAGUUUUGACUUUCAUUUUUGAAAACAAAACGUACAUAUAUAUAUAUAUAUAUAUAAAUAUAUAUAUAAUAUUCUUUCAUGCAAAAUGCUACAGUUUAUAUUUCCUAAAGAUAAAAAAAAAUAUAAAAGAACCUUAUCUUGCGUAGGAAUUUUUCAGAGAUCGGCCAUUGAAGUCUAGGAGUGAAUAUUCACGUGCCAGUUAGAUUGAGAGAUCUGAAUUUAAUCAGAUCCAUAGAUAAUCCCUUAAUUAUGUAGAAGUUAUUAUUGCAUUACUGUAUCAUUUUGAUUGACUAUGAUCCGAAAAUUGUCUAUAAUAUAUAUUAGAUUAGUUUAAUUAAUUCAGUAUUUCAGCAAGUGUGUAUAUAUACCAGAAAAUGAUGAACUGUUAAGCAAAGUUUCUAUUCUAAUGAUAAGCAGAGGAAACUUACGAAAAGUAAUCAGGGUUAGGGAAUUAAAUUCUGGGCAUGUCACGGCUAGGCCCUUUGUCCUGCUUAGCCUAGGGCCUGUGAUCUUUCUAGAAUAGGACUUUGUGACCUGACCCCUUGCUAGGUUAGGUUAGGUUAGACUUGUAGGUUAUUUUGGCGACUUAAUCUAGCACAUUGUCCAGAGUUUAAUAUUCCAACACUAUUAGUUAUGUGCAAGUUACUAAUUAGGAAAACGCUCUCAGAUUUAUGGGAAAUAUUAUUCUAAAAGGUAAUACUUUCAAGCAGUUAGAUAUGCAUGUAUGAUUUUUAACAAAUUAGAUUUGCUUGGUUUAUCUUAUUUAAAUGAAAUAAUUUCAAUUACGAAACUAUUCCAAAAAGGUUAUAUUUUCAACGAUUUAUCUAAAAGUUAUAUUUUCAACAGUUUAUCACUAUCAGGCAUUUAUACACAAAAUCGAUUUGUCAAAUAUGUUGAUUAUAUUAAGUGACCGCAUGUUACAUUUUGUUCUUUACCCUUAAGAUAUAUUUUACAGUAGUCACAUACAAAAAUAUACCAUAAAAUUUAGCAUUUAUCUUGUUCCAUAUUUUGUCUUUGUAAUCUUAGAGAGUAAAGUACACAAAAUGAAAUAUUGUCCUUAGAAUAGAUUUAAAUCUUUAUAUUCUUCUGAAAGAAUUCAAUUUUCCAUUCCUUGUGUGCUACUUGGAGAUAAAAGGCAAAGCAUUUUACUCUGUAAAUGAAGUUUGAAAAAUAAAAACAUAUCUUCACACUGUAUAUAGCAUAUUUGUAAUUGCAAAAAUGCACCAUGAAAUAUUUGAUCAAAAACUCUCAUUACUUAUAUUUCUCUCUUUAAAUACAUUGGCCUGUGUUUCUCAUCCUAAAUGUGUCUCAGUGAAGUGAUGAUUAAGAGUUUGCACAUAUGUGUAAUGCCUAUCAUAUGAGAGUUUAAAUUUUUAAUUUCCUUUUUUUAUAAGAUAUCUUCAUUUGUUUUUGCUUAGAAACCAUUUCAUGAUGGCCAUUUUCAAAUGAACAUAGCAGAGCUAUCAUUCUGUUUUGAAAUGGACUCUAAGACAAACUAAAUAAUCUUGUUACAGUUACUUACAAUAUUAAUGCCCAGAACUUGAAUGUAGACUAACACCAUUGAGUAUUCUUCAUGUAGAUUUUUAAUAAACUUCAGAAAAACCACUCAUCAUUAACAUAGCGCAAAAGUUGUAUAAAUGACAAGAAGUUUACAUAACUAUGAUGGCACAGGAAUGGUUUUUCUGGGGUAACAUGCUUGUGUAUGUUACCAUCCAUUAAUGUUAAAUCAUGUUUCUUUUAUACAGAAUAAGAAUAAAUUUUACUUCAUCAA